CCUUUGUAUACCUGUAGUGAUUGAUAUGAUUUUCUGUUAGAUUAGUCUCUACUUUGUUUGUGGUUAUGAGAAACGUAAAUAAAAACAUCCCCAUGUCCCAUAACGAAAAUCUUUAAAAGUGUGCAAGUUUUAAAAUGCGCUCUAAUUGUUACUAUACAUCUUACUAACAUGAUCUUUAAAUCGUUUUUAUUCUUUACAUUUUUGGCGUUUGGCAAACAAGAAUCUCUGGAAAUUUGCGAGGUAGAAAAUCACAGCUGCCAUAAAGAAGUUUCUCAUGAUAAAUUCCUAUUUUACGAUGUGAACCCACCGGAGGGUUUUAAUUUACGACGCGAUGUGUAUAUGAGAUUUGCUAUUAUGCUUGCCAAAGCCCAAGAAAGUGGUAGGCGCCUCAGUUGGAGGUUAGUUUUGCCUCCUUGGUAUAAUUUAUAUCACUGGAAAUCUGGUACCACAAAAAAUGAUCCACUGCCAUGGGGCAGUUUCUUCGAUGUUAAAUCAAUGCAGUCCUUUUCUCCAAUCGUAGAAUUAUAUGAUCUGUUUGAUAAAGCUAAAGAAAACCCUGUUAUAAUUGAUCGUAUUUAUGUCUUGCAAAAUUUUGCUGAUGCUUUUGAAAAUGGUGAAUUUAAGGAAAAAUGGGAAGUCAGUUCAGGUUGUAAUUAUGAUGGUUUCUGGGGUUAUAGCAACAUAACAGCUAAGGAAGUGGUCUGCAUAAAUUUUCAAGGUAAAAUUUCUAAACUUUGGGAAUUAAUUGCACUCCACCCACAUGACAAAUACAUAAUGUUUGCUCAUGGAGAAAUAGCCUUACAUGAUGCCUAUGGAACAAAAACUUAUUGGGAUUGCAGAAGAAGCAUGAAAUUUAAUGAUCAACUAGUACAAAGAGCAGUAGAAUUUGUAUCUAAAUACUUGGAAUGUGGUACAAAAAUGUGCAAUAACUAUAUAAGUGUUCAUUGGCGAAGGCAAGACUUUGCACGGUAUCGUAAAAAAGAUGUACCAUCUAUCAAGGGCACAGCGCAACAAAUAAAAAAUGCAGUGAAACACUUUAAUUCAUAUAUACACAAAGUAUAUAUAGCAACCGAUGCACCAAUAUCUUCUUUACGAGACUUGGAAAUAGAGCUUACUCACUUAGGUUUUUCAGUAUACUACUAUAUGCCAUCAAAAGAAGAUAUAGAGAAAUUCAAAGAUGGAGGAGUAGCAAUUAUUGAUCAAAUUAUAUGUUCCUAUGCGGCAUACUUUAUUGGCACACAUGAGAGUACUUUUUCAUUCAGGAUUCAAGAGGAGAGAGAAAUUUUAGGCCACGACAGCAGCUCGACAUUUAAUAGAUUUUGUCCUGAUUCAGGACCUUGUGAGCGACCAUCAAAGUGGACUAUAGUUUAUUAAUAAGUAAGGAUUUAUAAAUUAUAAUUUAAUUACAAUGUCGCUAUUUUUUUACCUUUUUGGGAAUUUUUUUAUUUUUAUAAAUUUAUAAACAAGUUUUUAUUUUAAUGGUAUUUAAAUAUAAGGUAGUUGUAACUAGAUAAGAGAAACUCAAACAUGGUGCCAUAAGAGAAAUUAACCAAAGAGUAUUGAAUAAUUUAAUAUUAAAAUAUGAUAGAAA